ACUCGCGUGCUGAAGGUUCGGCAGCGCGUCUGAUGUGACACGGCGUGGUGGAAACGUAGGACAUUCGUUCUUGAAGGAUGGACAGGGUCACCCGCGUGCUGAACAUCGUGAGGCAGAUGUCCCCCAGGAAAAGGGAGCGAGGGGCGCACUGGGAGGCGGAGAGUCCGGAGACCUGCGAAGAGAGUCUGUGCUCACUCAGCCUGUGCAUCAGCGAUGAUGGCCCGUACUCCAAAGGGAACAAGGACUCAACAGGGCCUGACAACUCACUCAUAUCCAGAAGACAAAGCAUCCCAGAAGAGCUGCGCGGGGUUACGCUUGUUGAGUUGAUUAAGAAGGAAGGAAGCACUCUGGGUCUCACGAUCUCGGGCGGAACGGACAAGGACGGCAAACCCCGAGUCUCCAACCUACGACCGGGUGGGCUUGCGGCUAGGAGCGAUCAGCUCAACGUUGGCGACUACAUCAAGUCGGUCAAUGGCAUCAAUCUGACCAAACUCCGCCACGAUGAGAUCAUCAGUCUGUUGAAAAACGUCGGAGAGCGUGUCGUGCUGGAAGUGGAGUAUGAACUCCCGUCAGCUGCACCAGACAGUACCUCAGGUGUUAUCUCCAAGACAAUCGACAUCUGUUUGCAGAGAGAAGGCAACAGCUUCGGCUUCGUUAUGAGAGGGGGCUCUCACGAGGACUGGCACAAAUCUAGACCUUUGGUGGUGACGCAUGUCCGACCCGGAGGACCCGCCGACAGGGAAGGGACGCUAAAAGUGGGCGAUCGGAUCCUGAGUGUGGAUGGUGUGUCCUUACACAAUGCUAGUCACAGCGACGCCCUCACCGUGCUGACCCAGUGUGGCCAAGAAGCCCUGUAUCAGAUCGAGUAUGAUGUCUCCAUCAUGGACUCUGUCACAAACGCUUCUGGUCCUCUGCUAGUGGAGAUCGCCAAAUCACCCGGAGCGAGUCUGGGUAUCACUCUGACCGCUGCCUUGCACAGAAACAAGCAGGCCAUCAUCAUUGAUAAGAUAAAAGCGGGCAGUGUAGUUGACAGGUCAGGAGCGUUACACGUGGGUGAUCAUAUCCUGUCUAUAGAUGGGACCAGCACAGAGCACUGUUCAGUUCUGGAGGCGACACAGCUGCUGGCCAGCACCUCUGAUCAGACCAAACUAGAGAUCCUGCCCGCUCACCAAACCCGCCUGUCCGGAAAACCCCAGGACACUGUGAAAGUCCAGAAAAGUGACCACCCUCACUGUUGGGACCCCUGCGUGAACUACUGCCAUUCUCAACAUCCCGGUCAAUGUAAAACAGGAACGUGGACCUCUGGCUCCAGUAACCCAUCCAGCUCUCAGGAUUACUGUAAAUCGGUAGUCUGCACUAACUUCUCUCCGAGCUCAACCACCACCACAUCAGGCAUGACCAGUCAGGGUUCAAACACGCUGCCCCGUGCCGCCCCUCCCAUGAGCCCAAGGAACUCCAUGCUGAAGAGGAGACAGAGGAAAAAAGAGCACAAGAGCUCUUCUGUGUCUUUAGCCUCAAGUUCUGUGGGCCCUGGCGGUCAGAUCGUCCACACAGAGUCCAGUGAGAUCACUCUGAGAGGAGACCCCCUUAAUGGGUUUGGCGUUCAGCUACAAGGGGGGAUUUUCGCAACGGAGACCCUCUCCGCCCCUCCUCUCAUUCGCUUCAUAGAGCCCGACAGCUCAGCUGAAAGGUGUGGGCUUCUGCAGGUCGGUGAUCGAGUUUUAUCCAUCAAUGGAAUUCCUACAGAAGAUGGAACGCUGGAGGAGGCCAAUCAGCUUCUUCGAGAUGCCGCUCUGGCCAAUAAGGUCUCACUGGAGAUCGAGUUUGAUGUGGCAGAGUCAGUUGUGCCCAGCAGUGGAACUUUCCAUGUUAAACUCCAGAGGAAGAGAGGAGUAGAGCUAGGCCUCACUAUCAGUGCCAGUAAGAAACCCGGAGAGCCGCUUAUCAUCUCUGACAUUAAAAAAGGCAGCAUGGCCCACAGAACAGGAACUCUGGAGCCAGGAGACAAGCUGUUAGCAAUAGAUAACAUACGUCUGGAGAACUGCUCAAUGGAGGACGCUGUUCAAAUCCUGCAGCAGAGUGAGGAUCUGGUCAAACUCAAGAUACGCAAGGACGAAGACAACUCAGAUGAGCAGGAGUCAACAGGCUCCAUUAUCUACACAGUGGAGCUAAAACGGUACGGCGGCCCGCUGGGCAUUACCAUCUCCGGCACGGAGGAGCCCUUUGACCCCAUCAUCAUCUCAGGCCUGACCAAAAGGGGUCUUGCUGAGAGGACUGGAGCCAUUCAUGUUGGAGAUCGAAUUUUGGCCAUCAACAAUGUGAGUCUGAAGGGUAAACCCCUUAGUGAAGCCAUACAUCUGCUGCAGAUGGCAGGAGAAACCGUCACCCUCAAAAUCAAGAAACAGACCGGCUCACCCGAUGAUAAGAAGAAAGAUAGCGACUUGGAGAAUGAGCUCAGUGAUAACGAGGACGAGAUGACCGACUCGCAGAAGACCAAUAAGCUCUCAGAGAUUUACUCCACCACCAUCCCCAGCGUGGACUCGGCCAUGGAAUCAUGGGAUGGAUCGGGUAUUGACGCUGGUUAUAGCAGCCAAGGUGGCUAUAUCCAUCAGGCCGCUGGCAUUGCGUUGCACCCCCAUGAGUGGCGUAGCACCAAACAGAGGAACAACACCCCUCCUCCCACCCGCCGCAAAAACUACCCCUUUAGUGACGGGGGCUUUAGUGAAGAUGACUGGGACAAAGCUGCAGAAUACGGUGGCCAGCCGCAUGCCGAUGGUCUUCUGUUGGAGCAGGAGGACAGCUUUUGGUGCCAGGCCCUAGAAGACCUGGAAACUUGCGGGCAGUCCGAGCUCCUGCGAGAGAUUGAGGCUUCAAUAAUGAGCGGUAGUGCUCUGAGUCUGGGCGUGGACGGCGGAAAGUCUCACGCCGAAACUGGCGGCAUGCCACACCUCAGCCCUCUACGUAAGGCUCCGCACCUGCACAAUGAGUCUAAAAACAAGAGCACCCUCCGCAUGUCGGAGAAGACCUGGGAAUCACGGAGGAUUAAAGAAGAGAUUCAGGACAUCCUGUCACCCACACCUUUAGAACUACACAAGGUGACGGUGAUGAAAGACCCGGAGAUCGACGACUUCGGGUUCAGCGUGUCAGACGGUUUCUUGGAAAAGGGUGUUUACGUGAACAUGAUCAGACCCGAGGGACCGGCGGACCGCGCUGGACUCAGACCCUACGACAGGAUCUUACAGGUGAACCACGUCCGGACAAGAGAUUUCGACUGCUGCUUGGCCGUGCCACUCAUCACAGAAGCCGGAGACAAACUCGAGCUGGUGAUCAGCCGAAACCCUUUAGCACAGCCGGGUGUCGUCCAGCCCCAUGACUGCCACCCCAAUUUCAAUCCUGUAGGCCAUUCACGCGAGCACCAGACCAGCACGCUGGACCUGUGACAGCCAUAAAACAAAUCAAUGAUUUAAUUUCUAUUCUAAUGAACAUCAAUAUCCAGAAUUCAAAAGAUUAUGUAAAGGAAUUGUCAGCAAAAAAAAGAGCCACCGUUUUGACGCACAGUGCUGGAGAGGAUCUGAGCCAGUUUUUUUUAACAGACAAAGAAAAGCUAAAUAAAAUAGAGGACUUGGACUAAUACAAUGCAUACUGUACAAGAACUUCGCCUCAUCUUUUUAGAAGACAAAACUGUAUCGUCUAAAUGUUUACAAGGAAAAGGUUGUUAGAGUAGCAGGGUUGCCAAAACUGCGCUGUGACUCAAAAUAUGUCACUCCCAUACCUAAAAUACAUAUUUUGCAGUUACUGUCAUGUAUUAAAUAUAAGUAAUAAGCACUUUAAUUAAAAAAAAUCAUGACUCACUUUAUCUUACCGUGAAAGUAAAAGUAGCCCAAUACCGUGGGAUACCGUGGACCUGGCAACCCUGGAACCCUGUUUGAUUUUGCUUUAUUUGUAAUUUGUAUAAUGCAUAUUGUGCUCAUAUGUUUACAAAAAAAGAAAAAGACUCUCUUCUUUUUCAGUGGAUCCUCAUCACAAUUAUUUUAAUUUUUUUGGAAAUCUAUAUUUCUGUUUUGUGUUUUUAAAAUGAAGCGUUUUUACCAAAUGAGAACUCACAUAACAGACCCUGAAUUCAAAGUAAGCUUUCAUUGCGUCCCCCACACACACUCCACUACUAUAAACAGAAAUAUUACCACUUUUGUUUGUAUCACAUACACACAUACACCCUUCUCUCUCCACAAACAAACAAAUGCUAAUUUCUCAGUCACACAUAAACACUUCAGGCCACGAGGGCCACUACAACAAUGCACAAGUUGACCUCCCACUGCUCUAAAAAGAACCUUUGAUAUCACCAACAAUAACUUCACAGCGUCUUGUGUCAACACCAUGUGAUGCGACACAAUUCCUCUUCCUUAUUUUAUAUAAGCGCAUAAGGCUGUCCCAUGACUCCUUUAAGAACAUUAGAGGUCAUUUGUUGUGAGGACUAUUAGAUAUAUUAGAGAAAAUCUGACAAAAUUAACAGCAAAAGCGUUUUAUUUUAAACACAGAAAUGGUCAUUCCUACAUUUUAAACCACUGUUAUGAUUUUAUAGCAUGAGCUUCCCAUUAGUACCCAUUAGAAAUAUGAUUUCUUUACAUUUUUGAGACCCUAAAGGUAACACAUUUUAAACCCCUUUACAGUAUUAUGAGAACAACAAUUAAUCCUAAAAAUAUAUAUUUUAACACAAAUUGUGGUGUUUACUAUAUUCGCCAAACUUCAUUCAACUCUGUUACCAAAUUUAUUUUCUUCAGUUAAUAGAAACCAUAUGUUUAGAGAUAUCUUCAAGCAGGCGUUUUGUCCUAACUAGCUACCCUUACUGAGAGACAUAAUUUAAUUUAAUAACUUAACUUAAUUUAGACAAAAUUUGCAAUCGGUGAAACUCUGUUAUACAUCCUGGCAUAUUUUGUUUGUAUAAUUAUUAUUAUUUGUAUUAUCAUUAAUAGUAAUAGUUUUUUAAUAUAUAUAUAUAUAUAUAUAUAUAUAUUACAUUUAUGCCCAUUUAAUUUUAAUGUUCUUUCGAAGAUAACCAAUUCCUACAGUCAGAAUUUUUUCAAAUAAUUCAUGUCACAAAGAAAAGAAAAUCACAUAACAAACCUCAUAAAAAUUGAAACGAAACUAAAACAGCACAAGCAUCUUGGGCCGGUUUUACCAGCCGAUCUUAAGUGCAUUUCGCAAAGAUAUAAUUUUAAGGGAUGUUAUUUAUUGUGAAAUAUAAUAGAAUAGGGUGAAAUAAUGGAGAUAUAAGUAAUGGAGGAGCAUAAACAUAGAUAAUAAGCUGAAGUUAAAGUUGUUUUUCUCCUGGACGAAUUAAAACUCUAUUCUUAUUAAAAGAAACUAACUAAAAUAUCUUAUUUCAUACUGUAUACUCUAAAAAAAAGAAUUCAUUUUUAAUGGUUUCAGUUUCCAUACUCUCGGUCCAAUUUAACACAUUAAAAACCAUUAUGCCCUGCCGAUAACUUGCAUAAAAGUUUUGUUUUAGCAGCAUUGAUUUUUUUGAAUUAAUCAAUGAAUCAUAACCGCAGUUGCAUGAAACAAAUGGGAAUGGAGCGCUGCUUCAUUGACUGAAUAUCUUCUGACAGUCUUCUUUUUUCACUUAUUUCAUUAGCAUGUUCUUAAUUUUUUGUUUGUUUCUUAAGCGUUUUCUCUUGUUUUUACUGUAAUUUUUAAUUUCUUUGAUCUAAUUAUUGUUCCUCUUUAACAUUUUUAAUCAAUGGAGGCCGUAAGAAUGACACUCUAAUGCGCAUCGUCUAAGCUGAGUGUUGCUGCACCUGCUCAUAGUUUUAAAUGGUGCAACAGGUGUACAUAUUUAUCACAAGUCUGGACAGAGUUAAGCCCGACGUAAGAUUUACGUCCAACUUUUUCACAUCCAGCUGGUGCAACCGGCCCUUGUGUUUUGUUCUUGGUUGACAGUAUCAUAAGCAUUUUCUCAUGACACUAUCAUUUAAAGCAUAACUUCCCCUAGCAAUUGUGAGAAACAAGAAGUUGUGGUGCUUACAUUGUUGACACUUUAAAUUCUCGCAUCACUGUUAAAAAACUGCACUUUUGCAGGAAUAUUUGCUGUUUUAUUGUAAAGAAAUUUUCACAUAUUUUGAAAAUGCGUAAAAAGUGUUAAAUGACGGAAAUAGAACAGCAAAUUUUCAAGUUGGGUGUAAAAUAAUAAGAAAAUAUAUAAUUGUGCAACAGUAAACUCUAGGUCCGACAUAUGUCCUGUUGCAUUUAUGGAAAGCUUACUCUCGUCAAGUACCGUCGUACCCCAACAUUCUUCCAUCGCAUACUUAUCUUUAAACAACUUACCACAAUGGAGCGUUCACACCAGUCCUCACAAAUGUCCACACCUCAAGAACACAACGUGUACUUUCACAAUAGCCGAGCUGUCAUCGGUCACCGAUGGCCAAAUAUUACAAAUGUUUCCGUUACGGCCUAUUUUGGACACAACCUCCCUUUAAAAGCCAUCACAUCGUUUACUCGUGUUUGGCACCUGCGGUAACUCUAGCCGUCUGCCAAAUGACUAAUAAAGUUUAAUUGUUACAAAGGUCACGUCUCCGCAGACAAAAGGCCGAUGCCUAUUAACCUCCACUAAACAUUUACCUACAUUAGUCUUUGGCAAAAUCUUGACACAAUUAAUGAGGAAAACUGAGGACGUUUAGAUUUUUGGGAUAUUCAGUUUGAGUAUGAGAAUCAGUCCAUGUCCAAAGACCACUUAAUCUGUAGUUGUUAAAGUAAACUUGUGUGUCUUUAAUUUCUUUAUUGUGGUCUUGAUACGCGUGAGAUCGGAUGUGUUUGAACUUUUUUAAUAAACGGACAUUCAAGCAAAGCUGUGACUGGUUAGGGGUUCGACUUUUUUAAUACUUUGUUCAGUUAACAGUAUGUAAAUUUCCUACUUUUUUGCAGCAGUUGGACGAUCGUAUUAAAAUCCCUAGUUGUAAUAGAUCAUCCACACAGUACUUGGUACAGAUAAUGAGAAUUUUCUUUAUAUUCGCUAUCAAACGAUCCACAAGUAGCUCCGCUGAUGAGCUCUCUUUUUGCCUUUUUAGACAUUCCAAACUUAAGAAACUUUAACUUGGUUCACCGAAUAACCACAAGUGAUCGGCAAUAGAUUUUAUUUGUCUUACUUCAUGAAACGUGGUCAUCCAUACAAAUGCUACAAUAACCCAUUGAUAAGUUGAUUUUUUUUCCCUCACUCUGCUGUCUUUACUUUUGGAAAGCACAAGUAAAAUCUAUUUGCAGUAAAGCCGAAAGCACUCAUUGUUCUAGAUGAUGCUGUUGAAUUCUGAUUAGAACAAUCAGAGCCUCUGUUCAGGCCCAUGGCAUUAGGAGUCUACCCAAGGCUCACUACUAGGCCCAUACAAGUUUUCUUUUAACCACCCCCUAACACCACUACCUUUCUCUUUUUGUUAUAUAACUCUACCAAAGCUGUCCAUGGAAAAAAAUAAGGUUGAUACUUAUUUGAGUCCGCAUUGUACGCACGUUUUGUCUAAACGUUUCCGCACUGCAGGCCGAACGCCACUGAAGUCUUGUUUUGGUUCCCCUAUACUUUGUUUCUACUCUAAAAGAGCAGCAAUUGUCAUGUUUUCCUUUUGUUUCAGAGUGAUUUAACCAUAAUAUUGUUCAGUGUUGGUGUUUUAAAAUGUCACACACACUAUUCCAGGAAGAAAAGACGACAGAGUUUCUUUUACAUGUGCAAUAUUGGGGCCACAUACAGGAUUCAAAGGAUUUUACAUAGAAGCUAUAUAAAGCUCCAAACGUGUUCAUCCCUAUGCAUUUUGAAUUCCUGAUUAAUGUAUGCAUUGAUACUAACGUGUAUUUUUGAAUGUGUAAUAUGGAAGCUCAAUUCUCUGUACAGUAUUUUUGUAUGAACUCUAAACUUGCUGUUUCCGCAGCAUAUUUGAAGCACAAUGAUGAAGACAGGACUUUUGAAAAUGAACUGAGUAAGUCUAUUCUGUUGAAACCCAUUCCUUAUCAACAGGGGAAUGUGCUGAUGAUACAAUUUUUCUAAAAACGUCGGAAUAAAAGAGGUUAAAACGUGAGCCAUUGACUGUGUGAUCCCUGUUUUCCUAU